GCAUCAACGCCGUAGUUACGUCGGGUCCGGAGAAGACGCACACGUUAGCAUCCGAACUGAAACUAAAGCGGUGGAAAUAAGAUAUCUAUAUAUCGGGACUCGGCUACAGCCACCUACUGUGGUAUGGAGGAACGGGUCCCCAAGGCUGGCGGGGCCGUGGGUAUGUCUGGGGCUCUGCAGCCGUUUCGGAAGGCCAGCUUGCUGCCGUUCGAGCACCUCCCUAAUCUCCCCAAGCCAAAGAUUCCUUACAUCGACCUCGACAUCGGAACAACAGUGGAAGUGAGAGCCAUUCGGGAGCCUAGCCUAAUGGAGCACAAGAUGAAAAGGUUUUUUGCAACAGAUGGAACCACUCAGACAGAAGACACACAGAUAGUGGAGGUCAAAGAGGUCACCAGAGCCAUUGAGCAAGUCCUGCAUGAAGUUGGUCAGUUGAGAAAAGAACUAAAAUUUGCCCAGCAUGUUUUGCAAGCAGACUAUGAGAACAAACUCAACCACAGGGCAACUGAACUGUACUGCAGAGUGAAUAAGAAGGUGAAGGAACUUGAAAGGCAGCAAAAAGAGAAAUUGGACACUAUUCGUGGAAGUUAUCGACAGCAGUUGGUUAAUGCAAUUCAGAAGAUUGCAGGGGAGUACAAGGCAUACUAUGAUGAACUGCUGUCAGGAAAGUCAGGAAGACAUGAUAUCAGGAUCAAAGAACUGAAAGAAAAAUUGAUGGAGCAGGAUAGAAUGAUGGAGAUACAGACACUGAGGAUGGAGGAGCUCACAGCUCAACUGGAUGAACUCAAAGCCCAGGAACUAGAGGAGGAGCCGUCCCCCAUUCCUGGAAUCUCUCUGGAAGAGGCGGAGGAGAUGAGGACAGCGAUUGCCUCACUGCAGACCCAACUCAGCAACACCUCGGCUCAGCUAGCAGCUAAGGAAGACUCUGAGAAGAAAUUGACCCACCUACUCAACAGUACCAAGAAAGAGCUGGAGACAGAGAGAGGUAAAGUGGCUCAGCUCAAGCGGGAUAUGGAAGGACUGAAGAGGAAGACCAAGGCAGAGCAAGAAAAGUCAGCCAGACUGGCAGAGAGCCAGAGAGCUGCUCUGGAGAAAGAGAUGAAAGAGAAGAUGGAGAAAUCUCAAAAAGAGGCAGCCCUUGAGGCAGAGCAUGAAGCAGAGCGGGUGAAGUUGCAGAGCAAAGCAGCCAUGGAGCUGGAGAGGGAGAGAAGUCAACUGAGGGAACAGGAGCUACUGUCACAGCAGUCGGUCGCUCAGCCUCCUCAUGAGCAGAUGAGAGGAGAGGGAGAACUGGAAGCCGAGUUGGCCAGACUCCAACUGGCAGACACCAGACACAGAGAACAGAUUGACAGGUUGAAGAGGGAGCUGGAGAGGGUAAACAGAGUCUGGAGCACCAAGCUGGCCAUCAUGCAGAAAAACUUCCAUGCGCUGAGAGAUGAGAGUUUCUUAAGGAGCACUCUCCAGCGCCAGGCAGCUACGCUCCACCACGCGACACUGGGAUAUGCUGUAAACAGUUACUACCACAAGGAAGAGGUCUCCACGGGAUUGACUGCAGCUGAGUCAGCAGGAGCAGAAUAUCCAGAGAGUCCUCUCAAUAGCAAAGAAGAGCAUGUGGCCUGGGCCGAGGCGAUAACUAGCCAGCUAGGGGAAGCCCUAUCAAGAAAAGUGUCCUUAACAGAACAAACAGUAACAUUGGGUUUGCCUCUCAAUCCACAGAUGAUGGAUUAUCGCUGCCUCCUCCCCCUUCACCCUCACAAAGUGAUACUGCAAUCUCCUGACUGCUAUAUAAUAAGCAGCAGCUCUCGUUCAAGAUGUCCAAUCUGCCCACCUCCAGAGCACGCAGCUUCCACCAUCACAUGA